AUGGCAAAUUGGACUCCAUUAGGCAGGGCUGCUUCACAUGGUAAUAUUGACGUCAUCAAAAAUCUGAUCAGUGAGGGAGCGGAUGUCAAUCAGGAGGAUAACAAUGGUCGGACUGCUUUAUACAAUGCUGCUAAGAGUGGUCAUACUGACGUCAUCAAAUAUCUGAUCAGUGAGGGAGCUGAGGUCAAUAAGGAGGAUAAUGUUGGUGGGACUGCAUUACACUGUGCUGCUUUCAAUGGUCAUAUUGACGUCAUCAAAUAUCUGAUCAGGGAGGGAGCUGAGGUCAAUAAGGAGGAUAAUGGUGGUGGGACAGUAUUACACCGUGCUGCUGAGAAUGGUCAUAUUGACGUCAUCAAAUAUCUGAUCAGUGAGGGAGUUGAGGUCAAUAAGGAGGAUAGUCGUGGUGGGACUGCAUUACACCAUGCUGCUAACAAUGGUAAUAUUGACGUCAUCAAAUAUCUGAUCAGUGAGGGUGCCGAGGUCAAUAAGGAGGAUAAUUAUGGUCAGACUGCAUUACACUGUGCUGCUUGGAAGGGUCAUAUUGACGCCAUCAAAUAUCUGAUCAGUGAGGGAGCUGAGGUCAAUAAGGAGGAUAAUGGUGGUGGUACUGCAUUACACCAUGCUGCUUGGAACGGUCACAUUGACGUCAUGAAAUAUCUGAUCAGUGAGGGAGCUGAGAUCAAUAAGGAGGGUAAUCGUGGUGUGACUGCAUUACGCCAUGCUGCUUGGAGCGGUCAUAUUGACGUCAUCAAAUAUCUGAUCAGUGAGGGAGCUGAGGUCAAUAAGGAGGGUAAUUGUGAUGUGACUGCAUUACACCAUGCUGCUUGGAGCGGUCAUAUUGACGUCAUCAAAUAUCUGAUCAGUGAGGGAGCUGAGGUCAAUAAGGAGGAUAAUGAUGGUUUGACUGCAUUACACCGUGCUGCUGAGAAUGGUCAUAUUGACAUCAUCAAAUAUCUUGUCAGUGAGGGAGCUGAGGUCAAUAAGGAGGAUAAUGAUGGUUGUAAUGCAGUACACUUUGCUGCUUGGGACGGUCGUAUUGACGUCAUCAAAUAUCUGGUCAGUGAGGGAGCUGAGGUCAAUAAUGGCGGUGGGACUGCAUUACACCCUGCUGCUUACAAUGGUCAUAUUGACAUCAUCAAAUAUCUGAUCAGUGAGGGAGCUGAGGUCAAUAAGGAGGAUAAUGAUGGUGUGACUGUAUUACACCGUGCUGCUGAGAAUGGUCAUAUUGACAUCAUCAAAUAUCUUGUCAGUGAGGGAGCUGAGGUCAAUAAGGAGGAUAAUGAUGGUUGUAAUGCAUUACACUUUGCUGCUUGGGACGGUCGUAUUGACGUCAUCAAAUAUCUGGUCAGUGGGGGAGCUGAGGUCAAUAAUGGCGGUGGGACUGCAUUACACCCUGCUGCUAAGAAUGGUCAUAUUGACGUCAUCAAAUAUCUGAUCAGUGAGGGAGCUGAGGUCAAUAAGGAGGAUAAUCGUGGAGGGACUGCAUUACACCGUGCUGCUAACAAUGGUCAUAUUGACGUCAUCAAAUAUCUGAUCAGUGAGGGAGCUGAGGUCAAUAAGGAGGAUAAUCGUGGAGGGACUGCAUUACACCGUGCUGCUAACAAUGGUCAUAUUGACGUCAUCAAAUAUCUGAUCAGUAAGGGAGCUGAGGUCAAUAAAGAGGAUAAUGAUGGUUUGACUGCAUUACACCGUGCUGCUAACAUUGAUGAUAGUGACGUCAUCAUAUAUCUGAGCAGUGAGGGAGCUGAGGUUAAUAAGGUGGAUAAUGAUGGUUUGACUGCAUUACACCGUGCUGCUAACAUUGGUCAUAUCGACGUCAUCAAAUAUCUGAUCAGUGAAGGAGGUGAUGUCAAUAAAGGUGACAAAGAAGGGACAACUGCCUUACAUAUUGCCGUUCAGAAUGGUUACAUUGAGGUUGUUGAAGUUCUACUUACAGGCGGAGCACGAUGUGAUACAGAAGACAUUCACGGCAAGACACCCUUACAUCAGUCCAUAACCCUUGGGUACAGAGAUAUUGCUGAUUUUCUAGUUGACAACAGGGAUGCUAAGGUAGGCGAUAUAUACAUCCUAUAA